CCUCCUUUCCGAUUAGAGGCUAGAUUGCAAACUCUGAUAGAUAGACAUCGAAGGCAGAAUGUUCAACAGAAUGGCGGAUGGCCCAGUAGUCCACCGAGCCAGCGUUCUCGAUGGCUCAUUAGUCAAGACGAAGAGCGAGCACGGGCUGAACAGCAAAGAGCCUACGAACAGCAGUACCAGGAUCGCCUUCGUCAACAGCAAGACGAAGCUCGACGUCGAGCCUCGUGUAACCCCCGUCCACAACCACCUCCUCCAGCUCCUCAAAGAAGACGAAACUGCCUUCCACGACGAACUCAAGAACUCCGACUUCCUCCGACUCCUCCACCAGUACCAAUCAGACGUAAUUGUAGACCGAGAACAGACCCACCAACUUACCCUCCGCCACCCGUUUACGCUAGGCGGGUGAACUGUCGUCCGACUACGACACCUCGUCCACCACUACCAACACCUCCACCUCAACGACGUACAAACUGCAUUCCUACCUAUACUCCUCAACGGCAACAGUACUACAAUUGUCAACCAACAUAUCCGCCACAGCCACAACGUACUCCAUGCUAUCCUUCCCCACCACCUCAGCAGCCGGUACCGUACAAUGGUUGCAUACCACAGCGUCCAUCCCGCAGUGAUGACGCAGGCCGGGGCAACGAAUUCCGUGCCAGUCCCGGUUGCAUAGCGGCGCCAGUGCCGUCACGUCCCGAUGAUUGCGAAGGAUCAGUGAAAAUCGUUUCAGUGAAUGCGGCUGGUAAAAUCGAACACUACUUGUAUCAAAGUGCCAGAGACGCAAAUGAAGUUCUUGAACAAGUGGGCGGAAAAGUAGCAGACACUGCUCAAGGCCUUGCUGGAAGCGUUGUGGGUGCUGUAGGUAAUGCAGCAACUUCGGUCAAAGAUCACGCCGCUCAAGGACUGCAGAAAACUGGCGAAGUUAUUGGUGGAACAUUGCAGAAAACUGGCGAAGUUAUUGGAGAUGCCGGCGCUGCUGUAAAGGACACGGCUUCAGGAGCUGCACAUUGGACAGGUCCUUUCUCAAAAUACUUGAGCCAUGCUAUUCAUAUCAUGGAACUCGGAAAAAAGCCAAGCCUCGAUAUCAAUAACGAGCUUCUAGCGAAGAGACCGAUCGCUUGGUCUUUGAUCGCCAAGUUUGAUGUGAUACCUCCACCUGCUAGAGCCAUCGUGAACGAGAACCUCUUUGCGCAUAAAAAUCAAGUGGGAAAAGAAAAAGGAGAGAUUUGGUAG